UUAGCGCUGCGGCCGUGGCGGAGGACGACGGCGACAAGGACGAGGGCCGCUCUCCCCGCUCCCUGCGUGCGGCGCCGCUCCGCUCCGCUGACCAGCCCUCGGGAGUGCAGGCGGGGAGGCGGGAUGGAGUGAUAGGGAAGAUGUUUGUGGAUUCUUCUGUGGGAUCAGAGGGCACGCCUGUUGUAAUCAGAAAACUCCAAGAAUAGCAGCAGGGAUGGAUGAACAGGCUCUUUUAGGGCUAAAUCCAAAUGCUGAUUCAGACUUCAGACAAAGGGCCCUGGCCUAUUUUGAGCAAUUAAAGAUUUCCCCAGAUGCCUGGCAAGUGUGUGCAGAAGCUCUAGCCCAGAGGACAUACAGUGAUGAUCACAUAAAGUUUUUCUGCUUUCAAGUACUGGAACAUCAAGUUAAAUACAAAUAUUCAGAACUAACUACUGUUCAACAACAACUAAUUAGGGAGACGCUCAUAUCUUGGCUUCAAGCUCAGAUGCUGAAUCCCCAACCAGAGAAGACCUUUAUACGAAAUAAAGCGGCCCAAGUCUUCGCCUUACUUUUUGUUACAGAAUAUCUCACUAGAUGGCCCAAAUUUUUUUUUGACAUUCUCUCAGUAGUGGACCUAAAUCCAAGGGGAGUAGAUCUAUACCUCCGAAUCCUCAUGGCUAUUGAUUCAGAGUUGGUGGAUCGUGAUGUGGUGCAUACAUCAGAGGAGGCUCGUAGGAAUACUGUAAUAAAAGAUACCAUGAGGGAACAGUGCAUUCCAAACUUGGUGGAAUCAUGGUACCAAAUUUUACAAAAUUAUCAGUAUACUAAUUCAGAAGUGACAUGUCAGUGCCUUGAAGUAGUUGGGGCUUAUGUCUCUUGGAUAGACUUAUCCCUUAUAGCCAAUGAUAGGUUUAUAAAUAUGCUGCUAGGUCAUAUGUCAAUAGAAGUUCUACGGGAAGAAGCAUGUGACUGUUUAUUUGAAAUUGUAAAUAAAGGAAUGGAUCCUGUUGAUAAAAUGAAACUAGUAGAAUCUUUGUGUCAAGUAUUACAGUCUGCUGGAUUUUUCAGCAUUGACCAGGAAGAAGAUGUUGACUUUCUAGCCAGAUUUUCUAAGCUGGUAAAUGGUAUGGGACAGUCAUUGAUAGUUAGUUGGACUAAAUUAAUUAAGAAUGGGGAUAUCAAGAAUGCUCAAGAGGCACUACAAGCUAUUGAAACAAAAGUGGCACUGAUGCUGCAGCUACUAAUUCAUGAGGAUGAUGACAUCUCUUCUAACAUUAUUGGAUUCUGUUACGAUUAUCUUCAUAUUUUGAAACAGCUUCCAGUGCUCUCGGAUCAGCAAAAAGCUAACGUAGAGGCAAUCAUGUUGGCCGUUAUGAAAAAACUGACUUAUGAUGAAGAAUAUAACUUUGAAAAUGAGGGUGAAGAUGAAGCCAUGUUUGUAGAGUAUAGAAAACAACUGAAGUUACUGUUGGACAGGCUUGCUCAAGUUUCACCAGAGUUACUGCUGGCUUCUGUGCGCAGAGUUUUUAGUUCUACGCUGCAGAAUUGGCAGACGACACGUUUUAUGGAAGUUGAAGUAGCAAUAAGAUUGCUAUAUAUGCUGGCAGAAGCUCUUCCAGUGUCUCAUGGUGCUCACUUCUCAGGUGAUGUUUCAAAAGCUAGUGCUUUGCAGGAUAUGAUGCGAACUUUGGUAACAUCAGGAGUUAGUUCCUAUCAGCAUACAUCUGUGACAUUGGAGUUCUUCGAAACUGUUGUUAGAUAUGAAAAGUUUUUUACAGUUGAACCUCAACACAUUCCAUGUGUAUUAAUGGCUUUCUUAGAUCAUAGGGGUCUGCGGCAUUCUAGUGCAAAAGUACGGAGCAGAACUGCUUACCUGUUUUCCAGAUUUGUCAAAUCUCUGAAUAAACAAAUGAAUCCUUUCAUUGAGGAUAUUCUGAAUAGAAUACAAGAUUUACUAGAGCUUUCUCCACCUGAGAAUGGUUACCAGUCUUUGUUGAGCAGCGAUGAUCAACUGUUUAUUUAUGAGACAGCUGGAGUGCUGAUUGUUAAUAGUGAAUAUCCAGCUGAACGGAAACAAGCCUUAAUGAGAAAUCUGUUGACCCCAUUGAUGGAGAAGUUUAAAAUUCUGUUAGAAAAAUUGAUGCUGGCACAAGAUGAAGAAAGACAGGCAUCACUAGCAGACUGUCUGAACCAUGCUGUUGGAUUUGCCAGCCGAACCAGCAAAGCUUUCAGCAACAAGCAGACUGUGAAACAGUGUGGCUGUUCCGAAGUUUAUCUGGACUGUUUACAGACAUUCUUGCCAGCUCUCAGUUGUCCCCUGCAAAAGGAUAUUCUCAGAAGUGGAGUUCGUACUUUCCUUCAUCGCAUGAUUAUUUGCCUAGAGGAAGAAGUUCUUCCGUUCAUCCCGUCUGCCUCAGAACACAUGCUCAAAGAUUGUGAAGCAAAAGACCUCCAGGAGUUCAUUCCUCUUAUCAACCAGAUUACAGCCAAAUUUAAGAUACAGGUAUCUCCAUUUUUACAGCAAAUGUUUAUGCCUCUACUUCAUGCAAUUUUUGAGGUAUUGCUCCGACCAGCAGAAGAAAAUGACCAGUCUGCUGCUUUAGAGAAGCAAAUGUUGCGAAGGAGUUACUUUGCUUUCCUGCAAACAGUCACAGGCAGUGGAAUGAGCGAAGUCAUAGCAAAUCAAGGUGCAGAGAAUGUAGAACGAGUGCUGGUGACUGUUAUCCAAGGAGCAGUUGAAUAUCCAGAUCCAAUUGCACAGAAAACCUGUUUUAUCAUCCUCUCCAAGUUGGUAGAACUCUGGGGAGGUAAAGAUGGACCAGUGGGAUUUGCUGAUUUUGUUUAUAAGCACAUUGUCCCCGCAUGUUUCCUAGCACCUUUAAAACAAACCUUUGACCUGGCAGAUGCACAAACAGUGUUGGCUUUAUCUGAGUGUGCGGUGACAUUGAAAACAAUUCAUCUCAAACGGGGCCCAGAAUGUGUUCAGUAUCUUCAACAAGAAUAUCUGCCUUCCUUGCAAGUAGCUCCAGAAAUAAUUCAGGAGUUUUGUCAAGCGCUUCAACAGCCUGAUGCUAAAGUUUUUAAAAAUUACUUAAAGGUAUUCUUCCAGAGAGCAAAGCCCUAAGGACUGGAUCUCCCUGUGCCUACUUUAUGAUCAGGAAUUCCAGUUGAUUUAUAAGGAAGCAGUUUUGUGUGCCAUUCACACUGGUCUUUUUAACAUUGCUUUAAGCUUAUUGCAGUAUAUGUAUUGGGAUUUCUCUGUAAAAUGGGUGUAAUUUUCUCUGAAUAUAGGUAUGUGACAACAAGAGAAGUUGCUUGCAUGCCAGUGCAAAUUUGUUCUAUAUAAAAAUGCUGUUAAAAGAUACAGCACGGUUAUUCUAGUACCUUUUUUUUUUACUUGAAACGUUAAAUCCUUUAUAAAGACCAUAGCAGGAAAACAGUGUACUUUUUUUUCAAUUGCUAAAUAUAAAAUGUUUGAGAAUUUUAAUUUUCUUUUAUGUGCGCUGUCUCAAAAUAUGGGGGGAAUAUAACAAACCAAAACUAAAUUUUCGUAGAUAGCCAUUACAUUUCUUUAAACUAUUUUGAUGCCAAUGUUGGUUCUACAGAAGAGAAUGGUUUCAUAAAUUAACUGAUUUAAGAGUAGGUACCGGUGUUAUACACUUUUUAUAAAAAAAUAAAAAUAAAUUUUACGUAGUGAAAUCUACCAAGUCUUUUUUGAUAUUAUUAUAAGUACUUUAAUUUUAUUUCAUCUCUUUCUGAUUUUUCAUUUAAAGAAUUGCACAUAUAAGCUUAUAGAUGAUUUAUCUAUGUUCCCAAAAGAUUACAUGGAGCUUAAUUCUCUCAGAUUAUUUUAAAAAUUAUUUUAAAAGCCUAUUUCAAUCCAUUGCUAGAAUUUAAAAUCCAAUUUUCCCCCUGUUUUAUUGGAUUUACUUGGGACACUGUACCUAUGUGUUAAUGAUGCUUAUAAGUAUGUGCCCAUUUAGUUAACAGAAGUACUUCUCUCCAUUUUUAUUCAUGACCCUGCAAGAAAGCAAGAGGAAAAUAAUAGUAAGUAGUAUUAGGAAAUUAAGAGAGGAGGGAUAAACUGAGCAGCAGAAUUAAAUUACUACAGUCAUUGGGGAGGGUAUGUGUUGUAAUGAGCCCUGGAUAUUAUAAGACUGAUGAAUCACAGACCUGUACUCCUGAAACAAAUAAUAUAUUAUACGUUAACUGAAUUCAAAGAAAGAACAAUUUCUACAGUCAUUUAAAUUUAAAUUUUACAAGCUCAAGAUUUUAGGUGAGGGUUGAUUGUUUUUUUUAACCUUUGGCCCAUGUGGUUCCCCUCCCUAAAGUUUUCAUGAUGGCUUCAGUGGUCUAUAAACGUCCUAAAACUAUUUUAAUUAUAUACAUAAAUCUUUCUUGGCGUUAAUUACAGUAGUGAUUUUAAACAUUUUCCUUACAUUGUAGAAUAAAAGUACUAAACUAAAUUAACUGUUAAACUAAAUUAACUUUAAAAAAAAGAUGGAUGAAAUGUGUAUUAUACUUAAAUAAAAAUGUUUUUAAGAAUAGGUAAGUGAGGGGGACCUAACUGGCUCAGUUGGGUAAAGCAUGGGAGUCUUGAUCUCAGGGUCAUGAGUUUAAGCCCCAUGUUGGGCAUAGAGCCCACUUUUUUUUUUUCUUUUUUUAAGAUUUUAUUUAUCUAAAAGAGAGCAUGAACAGGAAGAGGGGCAGCAAGAGAGGAACAAGCAGACCCUGCUGAGCGCUAGCCUGAUAUGGGACCAGAUCCCAGAACCCUGAGAUCAUGACCUGAGCCACCCAGGCACCCCCAUAGAACUUACUUUUAAAAAAUAAAUUCUCUCUUUAAAAAAAAAAAAAAAAAAAAAAAGGAUACCUGGGUGGUUCAGUCAGUUAAGCAUCCUACUCCUGAUUUCGGCUCAUGUUACGAUCUCAGGGUCAGGGAUCAAGUCCCAUGUCAGGCUCUGUGCUAAGUGUGGAGCCUGCUUAAGAUUCUUUCUCCCUUGGGGCGUGCCUGGGUGGCUCAGUGGGUUAGGCCUCUGCCUUUGGCUCAGGUCAUGAUCUCAGGGUCCUGGGAUCGAGCCCCGCAUUGAGCUCUCUGCUCAGCGGGAGCCUGCUUCCCCCUCUCUCUCUGCCUCUCUGCCUACUUGUGGUCUCUGUCAAAUAAAUAAAUAUUAAAAAAAAAAAAAAAAAGAUUCUUUCCCUCCCCCUCAUCCCCUACCCCCACUCGCUCACAAGUGCUCUCUCUCUAAAUAAAGAAAUUAAAAUGAGUAUGUGAAAGCUUGAAGUGUUCCAUUGAUAAGCUUUCUUGUACUGUAAGAAAGAUCAUGGCAUCUAGUGCAAUAGCACUAGUUUUUCAAAGUAUACUAACAAGUCAGCAUAGUGCUUAAGAGCUAAGGCAGGUUGCAGAUUUGAGUAGGUUCUAUUAAUCACUGGUUUUAAAAAGUUUAAGUAAUUUAAAUAACUUCUCCAUAUACAUUUCCACAUCUGUAAAAUGGGGGAGAUAAUGGUAGCUACCUCACAAGCAAGAAUUGAAGUAUGAAUGGCUUCUUAUACUACCUGCGCACGAAGACUUCGUAUUAGCUAUGAUCGCUGUACUAUUAGUUCCAUAUAUGUAAAGGUGACGCCUCCUUUUUCCCUGUUUAAAGCCUCAAAAGAUUGUGUAUGUUCAGGAUCAAGAGAAAACAAAACAUGGAAAUUAAGAGUCUGCAGUAGAAGAUAAACUUCAUGUUCUAUAGUCAUGUAUAAUAUCCAUCUUUCCCUGAAGUUACCCAGAGCACUUUUUUUUAGGGAGUACCAUAGCAAUUAGGAAAUUCUGCUUCUUCAUGAAUUACUUACUUGUAUUUAGUUUCCAAAAAUAAGCCCCCAAAUAAUUGUCACAAGAGUGAAUCUCAUCUCUUGAAAGGUGAGGUCACAAAAGCAAAGACGGAUUUGUGUGGCUUGACUAUGGAACAGCAAGGGUUUUAAGAUGCCUGGUCGAGUUAUGUGCCUAACAGUUUAUUUAAAGUCUUAAAUGUUAACGUUAAUUGGUUCACAAACAGCUCUACCUUUAAGAAAAUACCUGUGGUAUUUCAGUGAUAAAUAAUUUUGGUAAAUAUGUGAAUCAAGGCCUUUGGCUCAGCUAAUUACAUUUUCUCCCAUAAAACUUUUGAGCUGUAGGUCUUACUGUUGUAAGGAACCUGGACAGGUCCCCUUCUUGGUGUUAGAUACAGAACUGAAAUUGGUUGGAAUUGUAAGCAGUAAAUAGAUUUGUUGUUAGAAUGGUUCCAUCUAACACUGGUUAAUUAAGUGGUUUAUUUUAACAUUGUUUAAAAGUCUAAUAAAGUAACUUCCUUUGUAACAACGCA